AGCCUUAUCACUCGUGAUUUCUUGGUGGCAGGAGAAUCGCACGAAGGAUUCCUAGGGUCUGCUCGUGCUCGUAUUUGAGAAGAACAGUCGGGCAGUGUUCGUCGUGACACUGGCUGAUUAACGUUCAUUCACGGAUAAGAAGACAAGGAAACAAAAGGAGUUCCCAAUUUACGGUCGAGAGGAUUAUAGGAUUAAAUACAAUCUUAUCAGCAGCUUACCGAUUACGAUCUUAUUUUAAAAAAUUAACGAUGUGAAUGCAUUAUGUCUUUUGGUUUUACGAAACAAACAAAUGGAUUUGUUCAUAACGAAAUAGUGAAUUAAAGAAAGCAUCUUCUUCAGCGUUUAAUUUAAUUUCUAUAUAAAGUGAAAUACAUCAAGAAAGCAAUCCUUCUGAAUAUUUAAUCAGUACCUGAUAUAAAAAUGAGUGGCAGUAAAAAAAGAAUUCAUUACAUGCCGAGAUGUACUAUGGUACUUCGUUUUUUGUGGAUUUGCUAUUAAUUAUAUGCUAAGGAUCAAUCUGAAUCUCACUAUAGUAACUAUGGUAGUCCCACGUCCGAAAGUAGCCUCGUCUAUUCAAUGCGAGGAGGAAAAUGUUGUCAAUUUGUGGAAAAAUAUAACAUUUAAUGAAAGUAUUGAUACUUCCAUCGAGGUCGAUGAACAAAGACUGGUUUUCGAAAAUACAACAUACAAAGAUUUAUUUGCUUGGAGCGAGUACGAUCAAGGACUUGCAUUAGGAGCUUAUUAUUGGCUUCACUGGCUCUCUCAGCUUCCUGGUGGUAUUUUGGCAAGACGUUACGGUACAAAAUUCGUGUUUGGCUGUGCCAAUUUAUUAACAGCCCUUUUAGGCUUUCUUAUACCUAUUGCGACUCAAUAUCAUCUGAACGCUCUCGUGUUUCUCCGAGUUUUUCAGGGCCUUGUUGCGGGUGUCGUUUGGCCUAGCAUGCACGAUAUGACAGCAAAAUGGAUACCGCCAACUGAAAGAAGUAGAUUCGUCAGUGCCUAUUUAGGCAGUUCUGUGGGAGCUGCUAUCACUUAUCCACUUUGCGCAACCGUUAGCAAUGCCUUUGGAUGGGAAGCUGCCUUUUAUGUCACGUCUGUUCUCGGAGUAAUUUGGUACUGCUUCUGGUUCUUUUUCGUGUAUGAUUCACCGCAAAUACAUCCACGUAUCUCCGAGGAAGAAAAAAAUUACAUACUCGACAAUAUUUCGGGAUCCGUCGACGACGAAGAAACGGAAGUACCUUGGAAGUCAAUAUUUACGUCAGGACCGGUAUGGAUUACCGUUUUGGCUCAAUGGGGUGGAGCUUGGGGUUUCCUCACCUUAAUGACACAAGCUCCUACGUACUUUAAUUUCAUUCAUGGAUGGAAUAUUCACGCAACAGGUAUUUUAUCUGGUUCACCUCACAUUCUGAGAAUGAUAUUUUCCUAUUUCUACUCCAUUAUGAGCGAUUGGCUUCUACGAACUGAAAGAAUGAGUCUAACGAACGUAAGAAAAUUAGCGACCUUUGUGUGCAAUGGUUUACAAGGUAUAUUCAUAAUCGCAUUAGGCUAUAGCGGUUGUCAUCCUUAUUUCGCUGUGAUUUUUAUGAUGGCUGGUACAGCAGUGAAUGGAGCAGUUUCAGCUUCCACUUUAGCGAGUUUCGUUGAUUUAAGCCCGAAUUACGCGAGUAUUCUGCUUGGAUUUUGCGGAAUGGUUGUGAUUUGCGCAGGAUUUAUUUCACCCGUCAUCGUUGGUAUACUUACGAACAAUAACCAAAGUGUUGGUCAAUGGCGUAUCGUAUUCCUUAUUGCUGGUGCCAACGCGAUAGCUGGCUGUCUGAUUUACAUGUUUGGUGGAACAUCCAAGGAACAACCUUGGAACCAAUAUAAGAAGCCACUGGAGCAGAAUGAAAAUGAAAUGCAGGAUUUACAAACAAAGAAGAAAGAGAUAAUUAAAUGUGAAGAAGGAGCGGAAAGGAUAAGUAAACCGGAAGAAGAAAAAUUAUGUGUUGAUAAGUGACGGUCCAGGUAAAAUAUUAAUUUCCAUCUGUAUCUCCUUCAAAAGAUACUACCGUCCCCUUAUCAUUUUUUAUAUAAAAUUUGUAAGUUCUGCAAAUAUUACAUAUUGCGUGAAAAUAAUACAGUAUACAUACUUCUACGAUAUCGAAGUGGAUGAAAAAUAAGAUCGAGAUCUGGAGUCACUUAGCUAAUCAUUGAACAAGAAAAAAAGUGUCACGUCUUAAUUUUGACUCGUAAAACAGUUUAUUUCACAAAACAGGAAUGGUUAAUGAUACGAAUGUUGUUGUACAUCGAGGAGAAUGUGUAAUAUUAAUCAAAAUUCGUACAUUUGUAUGCGUAAUGAAAAUACGCAAAUGCACUGUGACCAAAAUUUAUGGGAUAAUUGAUAAUUAUCGAUCUGUGAUAAUUCUUAUCAAAAAGGCGAUACAUAUGAUUAUCGAAGGAGCAUCGAUACUUAGAAUACUGUAUAAUAUAAUUAUACUUGAUAACGAUAUCUUUGUACGUUUUAAUACGUAUAAAAGUCUAUCGUUUCGAAUGUAUACGAAUUUUACAAAAGUAUUAACGUCGACUUCUUGUUUUAAUAAUAUAAGAACGCGUUACUGAAAAAUUCGUAUAAUUUUUAAACUUCUGUAAUAAAACCUCUUUACCACAAAUGCAAAGGUUAAAAUUCCCUUGAUUUGAAUUAAAAAUUUUUUUCAUAUAAUACAAAUGCCAUUGAAAGAAAAAAUUGUAAAAUAGAAAAAAUAGUAAGAUGUUAUUAGAUACUCAAUAAAUAAUCAAAAGAAAUCAUGUAUAUGAUUAAAAUCUUAUUACUAAACCUCGCCCAGAAGUUUCUUAUUACUCUGUAAUAUUAAAAUAUUAACUUAUAUGUGUGAACGAAUAAAGAAACACAAUAGUGCGACUAGCGUUGAAAGCGCGUUAUAAGAAAAAAUGCAAAUACACUGCGCAGUCGGGAAUGCAAAGCUUUUUAUAUUAUUCUUUGCUGUAAAAUCUACGCGGUUUAAAUGCAUGAAAGUAACUUCUACCAAAGCAAUGAGAAACGCAAAUGUUAACGAGAACCUUCUCAUAUUUUAUAAUAUACCACUGUGUACCGCCGUAAUGGAUUCUUAUAUGAAUAAAUAUACAUGUCAGA